AUGUCAAGCGAUCAGCGAAUCCACUUCGGCGGACCCUCGACUACUGGGCUCCCCACCUCGGGGGAACACCCCCUACAUAAUGAAACCCACGACGAACGCCCCGCGGCGGUGUUAGAACGCUACUGGCAACUGUUCAAUGACCCAGGCUUGUCGCCUCCUGGCGAUACGCCCGCCGGCCCAUCACAAGUAUCACCCGAGGCUUUUCAUGACCUUGCCCACCAGGUCCGAGCACUGACAAGCAUGGUGCAGACCAUUAUCCCGAUCGUCUCCCAGCAAGCCCCUCCGCAUGCGACCCGACCUACGCAGCAACGGGAGCCCCCUGUCCGGACGCAUGCGCCACUUCCAGAGCUUCCUAUCUCGCCUCGAAACCCCGCAACUCGGCCCGGGAGCCGGGAAGCGGAGGGCACGGCGAGCCGCCCCGAGCCCGAGGCUCCGACCGUCGAUUCGACGAAUGCCUUGCGAGCUCAGCUGCGCCUUGUCAGUCAAAAACUGUACGAGGUACAACAGGAAGUCCGUAAGUCAAAAGGGGAGCUCGGGGCGGACGGACAUCAAGGAUCCCCGUUCACCCCCGAGAUACAAGAGCAGACGAUCCCGCCGCACUUCCGCCUCCCCUCACUGGACGCGUAUGACGACGCCGCUGACCCAGUGGACCACGUGGCCGCUUUCCAUGCCCAGAUGGCGCUGUACGGGACUUCUGACGCUUUAAUGUGCAGGGCAUUCCCGACGACUCUACGGGGGCCAGCCCGCGCAUGGUACAGCGGCCUAAAGCCCGGGACCAUCGCCUCCUUCGAUCAGCUCGCCAAGGAUUUCGAGCUUAACUUCUUGGCCUAUGCCCGACCGAAGCCAUCCAUGGCGCUGCUCCUCGGGCUCAACCAGAAGAAGGACGAGCCCCUCUCCCAUUUUGUGAACCGCUUUACGACGCAGAUCCACGGAUUAUCGGAUGCUCACCCCUCUCUCUUAAUGCAGGCAUUCAUGACAGGCCUGCGGCCCUCCAGGUUCUUCUGGUCGCUCAUGGAGCGGCCCCCCACCGCGGUCCCCGAAAUGCUCCAGCGUGCAAGUCAAUUCGUCGCCGCGGUGACUUGGAUGGCCGGGAAGCGGGAGGAUCACAAAAAGGUCAAGUCAGAGCCUCUCCGACAGCCACAACCCGCCGCCUCCCGGCGGAGGACUGACAGACCCGAAUCAAGGUCUCCUCUGCCCGCCUUGAAUUCGUCCCGAACCGAAAUUUUCCUGCACGAGAAGGGGAAGGGGCUGCUCAAGGACCCUCACCCGAUGAGGAACCCGCGGGAGCUCGCGGACCGUUCAAGGUAUUGCCGAUUCCAUCGACAGCACGGGCACGAUACUGAACAGUGCUAUGAGUUGAAGAGGCAAAUCGAGGAGCUUAUCCUCAGAGGACACCUCGGCCAGUAUCUCCGGCCGAACAAGGAGCGGUCACCUCGACUGGAGGGCCCCAUUGAGCGGCACAUCGAUGUGAUAGCCGGGGGCCCUGCAUCUGGGGGAGGCUCCAUGUCGGGCAGAAAGGCAUAUGCCUGA